AAGGAUGAGUACAUCGUCUCAGCAGCUUGCUCAUUCACUGCGGGAGCUUCGGUCGCGGGGAGCGAUUCGGUUGCUCCGCGACCUCUACAACCGAGCGCCGGCUAGCGUGGGCACACUCGGUGGUCUGCUGCUCACAUGGAUCGUACAGAGGACAUGGGAAGAUUAUCGGCUAUGGUACUCCCUCGGCCCAGGCGGCCUCUUUCCCCGCUCCUUUUGGGGCUAUAUGCUCCACCAGCUCUUCGUCGUUCCCCUCUCCCUACCCAGCCAGAUCUGCCGCUCAUCAGACCAUGACUUCCUGCCACCUGAGCAUAGAGGAAGCGAGCCAAGCUACUUGACCUGGAUGGCGAACAAGAGGAGGGGAGAGAGACCGGUGACGAAGGGCUGCGCACCUCAUCGAUGUGUCAAUCAGAGGGUGAUCAGCAAUGGUAGUGAGGGAGGGGAGAAGAGUCGGGCAGUCGAGGCAAUCACCUCUCACCUCACGCAAAUCCAAGUCACUCAUCCAACUCUCCUCUCCCUCGGCCCUUCCAUCCUCGAGAAUCACUCCUCCCCCGCCCUCUUCCAUACUCCUUCCGCCAUCGCCCUCGGCCCCGGAGCUCCUUCUCCCCUAGCAACCUUCUACACUUCUCUUCUCCCCCUCCGGGAGUUCGCCCACUACCACAAUGACUCCGAGGCGGACGGCUCGCUGCACCUGAUCCUCAGUCCGGCAGAUGCGAGAAUCGUGAUUCAGUACGGGUGGGGAGAGCUCCACCCACUCGCGGGCUUUGGACUGAGUGGGUACUGGUUCCCCUUCCUUUCUCCAGGAUGGAGAUUACUCAACUACCCCCUCAGGCUCCUGCAGGUGGGUUUGGGGCUGAGAGCAGCGGGAAAGGGAGGAGAAGAGAGGACGCGCUGGGGACGCUAUCCACCUGUGCUUAGUCGUAAUGUGGAUGUGGAGAGCACCAGGAGAUCCAAAGGUGGUGGCAGGGCAACGACCAAGAGACGGGCAAUGAGACUACCGCCGACCUACAUGCUGAUCUACCCGCCCACAAUGCGAGGACGCAGCAAGCAGGAGGGAGAGGCAGGUACGAGUGAGACAAGCGAGGAGGAAGAAGACGAGGUGGAGACGGUCAAGAGGAUCAUCGACGCCAGCGCCAGCUUUGUCCUCGGCUUCAACGUCCAGAGACAUCGGCGGCCAGAGGGGGCAUCGGAGACUUGGUAAGGGCAAUCCUACGGGACUCCUGUAUUCACUCGUGUAUAAUGGACGAUACCGCAGAGACCACUUCGCUUGUGUGCUUCGCGCCCUUGUCUUCGCAGCGAGCUACCUCGUCGUCAGUUCCACGGCAACCAUCAUAGAUAGAAGGACACACAUGGGACAGGAACGGUUGAGUAGUAUUCCGCCUUAUGCCCAGUCACUUGUAAACAAUGGAUAGGUCACACAACAGUAGUAGACGGGAUAAGCGGUGUUAGAUUUUCUGAGCCACGACCCAAUCUUGAUAGACAGAGACUGCUCUGAAUCAACAACAAUAUGGACUCCCAUCC